AAUGUACCUCUUUCUUAAUUUACCUCUUUCUUAACGUACCUCUUUCUUAAUAUACCUCUUUCUUAAUGUACCUCUUUCUUAAUAUACCUCUUUCUUAAUAUACCUCUUUCUUAAUGUACCACUUUCUUAAUGUACCUCUUUCUUAAUGUACCCCUUUUUUAAUGUACCGCUCUUAAUUUAUCUCGAAAAUUAUUGUUUCAUGUUCACUUUUGCUCAUUCGGAAAACAUCUAAAUUAAUUGUUGGGAAGCAGUAAGACUGGAAAAAUUGCUUUAGUGUUCAAAUUAUUUUUUAGGAUCUAAAUAAUAAAGAAAAUGGCAGAGUGUGAUGGUGGGUUUGAUGCUAAUUUUGUCACAGAUAUACAUGACUUACUUAAAUGCGUUGUUUGUAAUUUUGUGUUAAAAAGUCCUGUGCAAGUGAUUGAGUGUGGCCACAGAUUUUGUAGGGAAUGCUAUGAAAAGAUAAAGGAGUAUGCGUUGAGCAGAGAUGUGGAGUUGUUGUGCCCACUGGACAGACUUGUUAUAGAUGAGAAACAAGUUUUUCCAGAUAAAGGAAUCGAAAGAAGAAUUUUGGACUUACAAGUCAAGUGUGAUCAUCUUAAUGACGGCUGUGAAUGGAUGAAUGAAUUGCGACAUCUUCAGAAUCAUAUUAAUAAUGAAUGUUUUUUUGCAUUGGUUUGUUGUCCCAAUGACGGAUGUAAUAUUAACAGUGUCAGAAGUGAACUGGAAGACCACAAGAAAAUAUGUCCCAUGAAGGAGAGUAGCCAAAGCCAGAAACUCAGAAAACUAGAAACAAUGAUUUCGGAAGUCAUGGAGAGAUUGAAAGCCAAAGAUGACCAGUUGGAAGCGUUGACAAUGCAAAUGAAAGAGAAUGAUGCCAAUUCAAGAAAAAUGAUGUCGAAUGUCAUGGAGAGAUUGAAAGCGAAAGAUGACCAAUUGGACGCGUUGAAAAUGCAAAUAAAGGAGAAUGAAGUAAAUUCAAAAACAAAGAUUUCGGAAGUCAUGGAGAGAUUUAAAGCCAAAGAUGACCAAUUGGACGCGUUGACAAUGCAAAUGAAAGAGAAUGAUGCCAAUUUAAAAACAAUGAUGUCGAAUGUCAUGGAGAGAUUGAAAGCGAAAGAUGACCAAUUGGACGCGUUGAAAAUGCAAAUAAAGGAGAAUGAAGUAAAUUCAAAAACAAUGAUUUCGGAAGUCAUGGAGAGAUUUAAAUCAAAAGAUGACGAGUUGAACGCGUUGAAAAUGCAAAUAAAGGAGAAUGAAGCAAAUUCAAAAACAAUGAUGGUAGACUUUAUGGAUAAACUAAAAGCCAAAGAUAACAAACUGGAUUCGUUAGUAACACAAAUGAAAAACACAAAUAUUAAAUUAGAAACAGUGGAAAGUGAAUUGAAGAUAUUAAAUAAAAACUUCAAUGGCUAUAAAAAUGCUUGUGAAGAUGUGAAAAAAGAUAUAGUUUCCCUAAAAGUGUUACAAAACACAAAGCUAGUUGGAUAUUUUCAAUGGAAUAUAACUGAAUGUUCUCGUAAACGUUCACAGAAGAAAAUAAGUAGUUCGCCUUUUUCCACUUUAAAUGGUUACAAGUGCGCUCUUUUAGCUCAGUGGUCAGAUAAAAAUGAAUUUGGAAUUUUUAUCUACCUUAAAGUUGGCGAAAUAGAUGAUGAUCUAAUCUGGCCGUUUAAUAUGAAAGUUACAUUUGAGUGUUGUAACGGAGAUGAUAUUGUUAAACGUAUUCUUGAUAGCUCUAACUCUGUAGGGUAUCCUUGGAGAAAAAAACCAAGCGCAGAAAUUGGUGGCGAUUAUGGAUUUUCUAAAUUUCUUUUAGGAAGUCAUCUUGAUAAAUUUGUUAAAGACGAUAGUAUUGUGAUAAAUUGCUAUAUCGAAACAAUGGAUACACAGUAAAUAGAGUUUAAAGAUGAAACCGAAUAAACAUUUUGUAAACUGUUUGAUGUUGCUUGUAGACAUUUUAAGAGAAUGUCCAAUGGAUUCUAUAAUAUAAACAGUUUUAAGUUAUCUAGAAGCUCUGUGACAUUAAAAAUCGUUGAAUUAAGUAUAUUAUCGAGAGAGAAACAUUUGAACAAAGAUAAGAUGACCUUAAUUUUUUCAGAUUAAGUCAAAUUUUGAUUUUAUCCAAUUCAAAAGCUCUGCACAUCUCUAAAUCAACAAUAGUAAUCAGCUGUUUGUUAGUUCUGUUAGCAAUCAUAUGUUCCCCAUACUUUUUUAUACCCUAGCCCUUCGUCCCAGGUCUCUUGCUAUUCUUAAUUUGGGAUGCUCGCCGGACAACGAGGUUGUACAUUCCACAGUGGCAUUCGACUCCUAUCAAAGAAAAAACAUAUUUUUUUAUGCAGUAUGACGCAUUUUCGAAAUGUUUUUGUACUUGUGAACAUGUUCUUUGUACUUGUGAACAACACUGUACCUGUGUUCCCAACAACAAAAAAGCAAAAAGGUGAGGCGACAACAUUUACUAGAUUUUAAAAUUCAUUUAGUUGUCCUUGAUAAGUUAGCAAAUGAAAACAAUUUUAAGGGAACAAAAGUUAUGUUAAUAUAUAUUUCAUUGAUGCACUUUAUACACAGUAAUUGUGGAACGUUAUAUUAAACUAUACAGUUGACCUUACCUGUAUAUAACCUGAUAAAUCGGUGUGCAAAUGCUUUCUGUUGUAAUUAUUCUUAAAUUUAGAAAAAGGUACUAUUAUAUAAUAACACGCAGUACUUUUUUUUACUGUUGAAAUAUAUAUGUGCAACAAAAACUAGUGUUCACUCAGUGCGGGUAAAAUCAACGUUGCGAAAUAUAAUACUAUAAUAAUAUAAUGCUUGUCCACUAAAUAAUGUCUACGAUUGUAGUUUCUACAUGAGGGCUCUCGGUUAACCUCGAAGUUUUUUAAUAUGGACUGUUUGGUCAUCCACUCACGAUGCAAUUUUAUGUAAUUGUUUUAUUGUUGGUUGUGGUGAAUUAAAAAAAUGAUUGCUUAUACGUUUUCAGCACAUGCGAUCUUGUAAUUUCGAGGUUAUUAAUUUUCACAGUGAUUGGCGUCAAAUCAAGACUUUGUGUAAAAAAAACAUCGGAACCUGAGGUUGUGCAGUAGAAAAAUUGUCUCUUAAUACGUAUUUUGAGAAAUGCAGAUCACAUCAUUUUUGUGAAGUGUUUAGUUUGAAUAAAACAUUGCUAAAAAAAUUUAACAAGCAAAAAUGCAUUAUCUGAGCUACUCCUAAAUCUUAUUUCAUUCUCUUCAGUGUGUUCAAAGUACGCAAGGUAUAUACCCAAAAAUGAAUGUUUCGAUGGCAUACUUAUUUCAAUUAUACCAAUAAACACGUCCCUAUAAUAAAUGUCAUGCCUAUUGUGAAAAAACUGCAAUAAACGCCCUCUAACAAAAACCGCCCUUUAAUAACUGCUGAAAUUUAAAAUUGUGGUUUCUGUGUGUAGUAGAACAAGAUUAAAGGCGUGAAAUCAGCAAAGAGAAAACAAAUAAGACACCUAAAAGCAACGAAUUUGCAAAAGCAUUAAUAAAAGCAUUAAAAGUAUUAAAAACCGGACAUUCGCAACAUUUUCCAUUUAAUGUGUCCGCGACACCGCAAAAUUUACCAUAUUCACAACGAUCUCGUGUAAGCCGUUUGUUUUUGUUUAUUUGAAAAAUUCUGAAAGCUAUGUAAGGCAAAAUACCUAAAGGGAAGAAAUUAUUGCGCAAGAAAAGAUUGCGGAUUAAAGAUUGCAAAUUUGGCCAAAUCUUUUCUUCCGCGAUUUUCAGCAAGGAGUAGCAGCAAUUCGCAAUCUUUUCUUCCGCAAUUCUAAAAAAAAAAGAGCGAGGGUUUACAGGGGAAUUCCCUAAAGUAUUGAUUUCGAAAGAAAUUUUCAAAGGAACAAAUCUUUAUGACCAAGAUGAAAUAAAUUUGUCAAGCGAUUUCGUGAAAAAAAUAUUGGGUCAUUGCUUCAAUUCGCAAUCUUUAGUUCCGCAAUUCAUGAUUGUAUCACGAAUUCGUAAUCUUUAGUUCUGCCAUUUACGAUUUUUUCGACCAUGAACUCGCAAAUUCUUCUACUCUUAAGGUACUAAGUUUGUUUCUACCGAAUAUUAAGAAAUCUUUAUUUAUUGGAAAUGUGGUUAUCCACAAAAAUAUAUCCCUCAAAAUAAAGCAUUUUUGGAAAGUUCAUUUCUGGAUUUCUGCUACAAAUGUUUAGUUUCCUUACAGGUGUACAUCGAUACAUUACAGAUGAAGUUGUCAAAAGAAAUGUGGUAUUGAUUAAGUAUUUCAAAGCAAUGUUUGACGAGCAUCCUCGUCCCCAGAGCUUGAUGCCAAAGCUGCUGGGAACGAGGUUGGUUUGACGAGCUUUUGAGAGGGUACCGCAGAUCUUAGACACAAUUUAACAAUUUGGGGUUAAAUACAUUUCAAUACAUUUUCAAAUCCUUAUAGCAUAUAAACCUGUUUAUUUCAUACCGUAGAGUACUUCCUCUAGCGGUGUAUAAGAGUUGUUACUAAAAACAUUAAAACAUUUUUUUUCCUGUUUAUUUCUCAAUAUAAUAAAAUUACAACGAUUCAAUAAUAUUUUUUUUACAAUUUUGGUAUUUUAAUUUUUUUAUUUUGCUUUCAUAUUUUUUGUUAUACAUAUAAUUUCUACGCAGCAUACCAACUUACCAAAAAAACACUCAGUAAUAUAUAAAUAAAAAUUAGUUUUUAAAACUACAAACUACCACGUGGGUAUGACAUUCUAUAAAAACAAACAG